CCCUGGGCCCUCAGCGCCCAGGACGCGCCGCCGCGGGGCCGGUGAAAACCCCUCUCCCCCCGCCCCCAACCCCGGGACGCGGAGCCGCGCCGGUGGGCGGCUUCAGGGAGGGAGGGGAGGUGCGGGGGAGGGCCGGCCGGUCCCAGAGCCUGGUCCUCCCCGUGCCCCGCGUGCGCCAGGUGAGCGCUGCUGUCCGGGGCGGACCUGACCGUGUGCGUGUGCUAGGCGGCCGGGGCGCUGUGGAGGAGGAGGAGGACCUGCCGGGACUGUCGGACAGCGGAGACGAAGCUGCCUGGGAAGACGAGGACGAUGCCGCUCUCCCCCACGACAGGCAGCAGACCCCCUGCCUGUUCUGUGACAGGUUAUUUACAUCUGCUGAAGAAACAUUUUCACACUGUAAGUCUGAGCAUCAAUUUAAUAUUGAAAAUAUGGUUCAUAAACAUGGACUUGAAUUUUAUGGAUAUAUUAAACUAAUAAAUUUUAUUAGACUUAAGAAUCCUACAGUUGAAUAUAUGAAUUCCAUAUACAACCCAGUGCCUUGGGAGAAAGAAGAAUAUUUAAAGCCAGUAUUAGAAGAUGACCUUUUACUUCAAUUUGAUGUAGAAGAUCUUUAUGAUCCGGUGUCAGUCCCAUUCCCCAAUGGACUCAGUGAAAAUACAUCUGUUGUUGAAAAAUUGAAACUCAUGGAAGCCAGGGCACUGUCUGCUGAAGCUGCGUUAGCUGGAGCACGUGAGGAUCUGCAAAGAAUGAAACAAUUUGCUCAGGAUUUUGUGAUGAACACAGAUGUCAGAACCUGCUCAUCAUCUACUACUGCCAUUGCAGACCUCCAGGAGGAUGAGGAUGGUGUUUAUUUCAGCUCAUACGGGCAUUAUGGGAUACAUGAAGAAAUGCUAAAGGACAAAGUACGAACAGAAAGUUACCGAGAUUUUAUGUACCAAAAUCCACAUAUCUUCAAAGACAAGGUAGUUUUGGAUGUUGGUUGUGGAACUGGAAUUCUCUCUAUGUUUGCUGCUAAAGCUGGGGCAAAGAAGGUUCUUGGAGUUGAUCAGUCCGAAAUUCUUUACCAGGCAAUGGAUAUCAUAAGACUAAAUAAACUUGAAGAUACUGUUAUACUGAUAAAAGGAAAAAUCGAAGAAGUUUGUCUUCCUGUAGAAAAAGUGGAUGUUAUUAUAUCAGAGUGGAUGGGCUAUUUUCUUCUUUUUGAAUCUAUGUUAGAUUCUGUCCUUUAUGCAAAGAACAAAUACUUGGCAAACGGAGGAUCGGUCUACCCUGAUAUUUGCACUAUCAGCCUUGUGGCAGUAAGUGAUAUGAAUAAACAUGCUGAUAGAAUUGCUUUUUGGGAUGAUGUCUAUGGCUUCAACAUGUCUUGCAUGAAGAAAGCAGUUAUUCCAGAAGCUGUGGUGGAAGUUUUAGAUCCAAAGACUCUUAUUUCAGACCCCUGUAGUAUUAAGCAUAUAGAUUGCCAUACGACAUCUGUCUUAGAUUUGGAGUUUUCUUCAGAUUUUACCCUAAAAAUCACAAAGACAUCAUUGUGCACGGCAAUUGCUGGCUACUUCGAUAUAUAUUUUGAGAAGAAUUGCCACAACAAGGUCGUGUUCUCUACGGGCCCCCAGAGUACCAAAACACACUGGAAACAAACAAUAUUUCUGUUGGAAAAGCCAUUAUCAGUUAAAGCAGAUGAAGCCUUGAAAGGAAAGAUCACAGUGCACAAGAAUAAGAAAGAUCCACGUUCUCUCAUUGUGACCCUCACAUUGAAUAAUUCAACACAGACUUACAGUCUCCAGUGAAAAGGCCACAAAAGCACAACUAAUUUGCAGUUUUUAUUGUGGGGGAGGGGUGGGUGGGG